UAUCUGCUGCCAUAGAAGUCUAUAGUGCCAUCGGGAAGAUUUAUGUCAAGUCAAAAGCCAGCCGUGCUUCUCAGGCACCGCCGCCGCGAACAUACGCUCCCUGCAGAGUUAUUAGUCUACACCGUCUUCGGCGACGUCUUCCAUCUCGACAAGAUAUCAGGCCAACGAAAACAACCCUUCUUUGCCUGGUCACUCGUCUGCCGAUCAUGGCGCGAGCAAACAUUUCGGUAUCGUUUCUGGUUGUUCUCGCUCUACGUUUGUCCCGAGGGCGUCGAGUCGAGAGAGACGGACUUAACCAUCCAGAAUUCCAUGUAUCUUGACCUCUUUGGGCAUGCCCAGGAGGUUGUGCGAAGCCUCAUGCUGUAUUGUGGCGCUCACGGACAGCCCACUGACAUCGAGCUCAACUUCCCCUCUUUCGCCCUUCUCUUCCCGCAGCUGCAGGCUUUAGACAUCCAUAGAACGCUUCUUACGCGCGGAAAACGCUCUGAACUCUACUAUUCCAUUCAUCCGGGCUCUCACAAGACGCGAUUACGAGGACAGCUGGGAGAGGAGGUGGCAAGCGAACAACCCGUACGCACUGUGCGACGUCCUCCGCCAGUUUGACGUCAUUGGAGA